AUGAGUGAGGCCACCCUUAACUUCCAUAUUCAAGCUCGUCUGGAGCAGUUCCGAGUGCCCACGGAGCUUAUUCGAGCCAAUUUCAAGUCGAUCCAGAGACUCAUAGAGAAACAGAAGAAGUCCAUGAGUGACGAUAUUGGAAAAAUCAAGAAGAAUCCGAAACUUCCGCCGGCUAUAAAAUUAGAAAUGGUCCGCAAACUUAUCAAGGGUUUUGAGCUAUUUGAAAAGAGAUUGCAGGCAUUUAUCAACAAAGACGAGGAUUACCAGUCACGUAUUGAAGCGCGGUUUGAUAAUCUCAACGAAAUAAAGGAUUUUACGGUGUUCAAACCGGUUCAAUCAGACCCAGAAAAUAAGGAUCAGAAUGCGGAAAUUUCUUCCAACGACAUGUUUCUUGAUCUCCACAACAACAACCUCUUGAACUGGUACCGUGACCAAACCAACCUUCUACUCGUGGACUAUCUCACAAAGACAAACACAAGAAGUGACGGCAACAUAGGCAUUAUGCUCCUCCAAAGUCUCGCAGCUCAAAAUCCCCGACUUUUGAAGUUGGUCGAUUACGACUUGUUUGACAACUUCAACAAGGUGUACUCGCUGAUUGUACGCAACCAUGAUCUUGCGCCGAUCGUAGGGUGGUUCAACGAGAAUAGAAAUGCAUUGAAGAAGAUUAACUCGAAUCUUGAGUUCGAGAUCAACUACUGCAAGUUUCUCUCUCUCAUAGAGAACGAGGAAAUCAACGAGGCAAUCAAGUUUUCCCAGGAAAAUUUGUCGUUGUAUGGAAAUGAAGAAAAGUACCAAGUCAUUGACCAAGUCAACCGAAAGAGCAAUCUCACUAAACUCAAGGAAAUUGGAGGUCUAUUGAUCUAUGUUGCUAUCAAUGGCACCACAUCCGGCUCGUUUCUGCUUCCUGGAGCCCUGUUUUUUUCCAGCAGCUUGAUGACGAACACUCCUCGUUACAGUGAGUACCGUAAGUUACUCUCUGCUGAGCGAUGGGAGAAUUUAGGACGGUGUUUCAUUGAGAAUUUCACCCAGCUAUACGGAAUAUCUCAAAACUUUCCGUUAUUUGUCUACUUGCUGGCGGGUAUGGCAAGUUUAAAGACAAAAUCGUGCUAUUGCAAUCUUAGCAACUCGAUCUUUUAUGAUGUACCAAAGGAGACUGAUAGCAGAACUUUCGAUCCAGAGUCUCUUCAGUAUCGUGGACCAAACCACUAUUAUGACUUGCUAGGCAAGAUCAAUCAUUGCCCCGUGUGCUCUCCCGAACUUUUCCAGCUCGCAAGAAAUCUUCCCUAUGCCGAGUUGAUCACCAACAUCUUCAACAAUCCGUUCAUGUUGCCGAAUGGUAAUAUUUAUCCUUUUGAAAAGUUGGCUAGUGGGCUCCGCUACGGCGACAGUCUGUCAGUAGGUCUCAUAGUGGACCCGUUGACGAACCAGGAGUUUCAAGUGGACCAGUGCCACAGGGUGUAUCCUGCUUAG